AUGACGAACAGGCCCUUAACAAGUACUCCUAUCGCGCUCAUGCGUGCUCUACAGAGGACGCACGCACAAUGGCCUCUGCAGAGUGCAGACUGCGGCACGGGGUUACAGCGACAGCGUGUCUUCCUACUCGCCAACGGCCAAACAGCCCUAGAGAACUGGGCCUACACCGCUACAGGAGGCCUGCAAUGUAAAGAGGCGGUCGUCGAUCUAGACCUCCUUGGUGACGAAAUCCGCGCCGAUGGUGGCCUUCUACUGGAUGCUGAACUUGUAGACGUAACUGCGCGCACCAAACCGAGAAUUCGGUCGUCCCUGAUUAGUACUGAAAAUUGA